AUGCGGGUCAACAUCCCUCCCGUCACCAGAAUCCUCCUCGGAGCCCUUCUCCUCCAGUCCGUCUUCAAUGCCGCCAUCCGCUAUCGCCAGCGCACGUCUAGCGCCUCGGUCGUCGUGCCUUGGCUCACGCUUGUGCCCGCGCACUCGCUGAUAUACCCGUGGACUUUCGUAACUACGACACUCGUCGAGAGCAACAUCCUGACCCUCGCCGCAGCGGCCCUCACCCUCUUCCAUGGAGGGCGGUAUCUUGAGAGAGCCUGGUCUUCGAGGGAGUUUGCCAAGUUCCUCGUCGUCGUCUCUCUGAUACCAAACUUUUUGUGUUUCUUGGUCACACUACUCUUCUCGACCAUAACUGGCAAUGUCAGCUGGAGGUUCUCCGUCAUCGCCGGCACGAUCCCUCUUCAGGUUGCGUUCCUCGUUGCCUUCAGCCAGCUCGUACCCGCGCAUACGGUCACUCUAUUCCGUGGUGUCUUGUCGAUGCGCGUCCCACGAUUUCCCCUCGUCUACCUUGGCGUCCUCUUCGUCCUCUCUCUGACACCACUCUACUCGAGUAUAAACUUUGUGUCGGCAGUUUUUGGCUUCCUGACAAGCUGGACAUACCUUCGAUUUUACAAGACUGUCUUCCCCGACCUCGACUCGUCACAACCAAGCUCGUUGAGGGGCGACGCCAGCGAAACCUUUGCGUUUGUCGAGUUCUUUCCAGGUCCCGCCAAGCCCUUUGUUGGAGCUAUCGCAGACCAGGUUUUCAACGUGCUAGUAGCGCUGAGGAUAUGCACGCCUUUCUCCGCUGCUGAGGUCAGCGCGGCGUCGCAGGGCGGCAACUCAUUCAUGCCCCGGAACCCUCCUGGGGGAGUGCGCGCCGAGGCCGAAAGGCGGCGCGCGCUCGCGCUCAAGGCGCUGGACCAGAGACUCCACGCCGCGACGGCCGCCGGUGGCAGCAACCGCAGUCAUUCUCAGCCGCCGAGCCAGACAGCCGGCCCUACUGUGCACACGCAGCCACAAGCGAGCGCCCAGACGGCCAUGACGUCCCAGCCAAGCGGGUCACUCCUGGGUGAGACAAGCUACAACCCGGACCAGGAGUCGAGCGAUAAGAGCAGCAGUAGCAGUUCAUGA